CGACGCCUUAGUCCUACAGAAAUAACGUUUUUCGUAUUUUUGUGAAAGUAAAUGGAAAUUCUGCUUAAAUUAACAAUAAUAAACGGAAGAUUUAAGAUAUUUUUGAAAGAUAUUACGAGUGGAUUGAAUUGUUAAUAAUUAAUAACAAAAAAGCCUAAUAUAAAUGCAUCAAGGGAAUUUAUUGGGUUGUAAUUGGGCGAGAGGUGGAGUCGCCGGGUCCGGAGUGGUUAGGCGAGCUCACCCUGCAUCUGGGGCCCAAUGGAAUGUGCAAGUUGUUCGUGGAAAAGUAAAUGGCAAGUGUCUCUGGAAUGCCUGUAAGGCGUUAAGCGUCGGCCUUCUACUUAUGAUCCUUGGUGGUGCUAUGGCAACUAUAGGCUAUUACGCCGACCAUUUGUCGAUUGCACAAGAGAUUCGAGGUAACCAUACGAUUAAAAUAAAAAACGAAUCUAGGGGAUUCCAUUUGAAUAAUUUAUCGUAUGCUGGUCCUAUCGUCAUGGGAGUUGGAGGAUUUAUAGUCGUGGCUGCAUGUGUUAUGACAUUUGAAGCUAGAGAUUCUGCUGGAAAAGUGGUACCCGCACGUCUGAAAACUGGAAGUGGAAUACAGUGUACAGUACACAGGCAGGGCGAACAACACUCAACUCUUGGAUCACUCAGAACACAGGUCGGGGUGCUAUCGGGAGUUGCUCCGAUUCCAAUUAAAAUUUCCGCCGACAGACACGCCGUUACACAAUCAUUCAUGCAGUUUUCCAAAGGCCUUGUUAUCGAAGGCUGGAAACAAAACGAUUUGCUAAAGGUCUCGCAGAAUUCUAUUAGUAAAAGCCCAUCUGCGCCGGACCUCAUAGAUCCACACAUAAACGAGAAAAAAUCGCCACCGCCGCACCCACAUAGGGAACGUAGAAAGGCUUAUCGGGGCCACAGGAUAAUCGGAACUGGGUGCAACGUCUUGAACCCAAGUCUCUUACACAGGCAUGCCCUUUCCGUGGAUGAAACUACUCAUACUUACCGUUUAAGCCAUGAAUCGCUGCAAGGGACUGGAAGUCAAUGCUCGAUGGCUCUAGACUUGCAUCUGGAAUGUCCAGUAACUUUAAGAAUUCGAGACCGUAGAAGAAAUCCAUUAAUGCGACAGGGCCGGGUAGAUGAAGAUGAAAAACAUCUUGUCGAAGCUCAUCGAUCUACUUCACCGAGAUUACAAAAGCAACACUACAAAACGGUCACGUCCACUUCCCCAACGUUCUGUCCGGAUCGUAGAAGUUCGAAUACAUCUGAUUGCACACACAGGGCAAGAACCAAGAAGAGAGAAUGCCCACAUUCCAGAGGACGACUCGAACGAGCCAUUAGUUCAGAUUCCCGUUUGAUCGGGACUAGAUGUUUCCAUCAUACGCCGCGACAAAAUUCGACGGAGGUGCCGGGAGUGUCCAGCUCAGACACCGAUAUUGCCCAUACGAAACUAAAAUACUUUUUGACUACAAAUAAAUAAAUCGUCUGCAGAUAGCA